AUGUACCUGAUCACUGUAUUUGGAAACUUGCUCAUCAUCCUGGCCGUCAGCUCAGACUCCCACCUGCACACCCCCAUGUAUUUCUUCCUCUCCAACCUGUCCUUUGUAGACAUCUGCUUCACCUCCACCACCAUCCCAAAGAUGCUGUGGAAUAUCCAGACACAGAGAAAAGUCAUAACCUAUGAAGGCUGCAUCACCCAGAUGUAUUUUUUCACACUCUUUGCAGGACUGGACAUCUUGCUCCUAACAGUGAUGGCCUAUGAUCGCUUCAUGGCCAUCUGCCACCCACUGCACUACACGGUCAUCAUGAACCCCCAGCUAUGUGAACUGUUGGUGCUGGUGUCCUGGGUCAUCAUUGUCUCCUUAUUUUAUUGUACAGGUUUAGGAGUGUACCUCAGCUCUGCUGGUACCCACAGAUUCCACUCAAGUGCAACAGCCUCGGUGAUGUACACUGUGGUCACACCCAUGCUGAACCCCUUCAUCUAUAGUCUGAGAAAUAAAGACUUAAAGAAGGGUCUGAAAAAACUCUUUGGAAAGAUAAUCAUAAAAGGUCCUACUGGCAUAGGUCUUAAGAAAGCUUCAGUCUCCAUCAUCAACCAUCCAGGAAGGGAUUCAGACUUCCGCCUAGAGAACUACCUCUCAGAGUUCCUGUGCUGGUGA